UGACCCGGCUCCGGUCUGCAAAGAGCUGUUUCCUUAGGGCUGAACAAGGCGGUACUUCACCUCCAACAUCCUGGAAGACUUUACACAUCCAUGAGGCUGCUGAACCAAAACUUGCUGGAGCAGUGACAUCAACAUAUAGAGCGAGGCGCGCGAGAGACUAACGGAAGCUGCCUGGCUUUUAACGACACAGACACAAAACAACUUGACGCUUUUUAUUUUAUUUAAAAAAAAAACACUCCACUGAAGUUUAAAGUCAUUUUAACGGAGCAAAAAACCGUCAAGAUGACUGUCUACUGAGUGAAAUCCACGGGGAGACCUCCAAGGACGUGCUUCCAUCGCCGACAACUUUAACAAAAGAAGAAGAAGAAAACAAAGAAGAAGAAGAACAUCUCCGUCUCGUAGCAGCCAUGGACUCAGGAAAGCAAGUAACGUUUCCGUUGAUGCUGUGUGUGGGGGCGGCUGUGAUUGGCUCCCUGCAGUUCGGCUACAACACUGGUGUCAUCAAUGCCCCUCAGAACGUCAUUGAGAAAUUCAUCAAUGAGACGUGGUAUGAUCGCUACCAGGAGCCCAUCACAAAGGGCACCCGCACGGCCAUCUGGUCCAUCGCCGUGGCCAUCUUCUCUGUUGGUGGCAUCUUUGGCUCCUUCUCCGUCGGACUCUUUGUCAACCGCUUUGGAAGGAGAAACUCUAUGCUCAUGGCCAACGUCCUGGCCUUCAUCGCAGCGACUCUGAUGGGCUUUUCGAAGAUGGCAAAAUCCUGGGAAAUGCUGAUCGCUGGUCGUUUUGUGGUGGGCCUCUACUCUGGCCUCUCCACAGGCUUCGUGCCCAUGUAUGUGGGUGAGGUUGCCCCAACAGCCCUACGAGGAGCCCUGGGAACCCUCCACCAGCUGGGCAUUGUCAUCGGCAUCCUCAUCGCACAGGUGUUUGGAUUGGAGGUAAUCAUGGGCAGCGACAGCUUGUGGCCACUCCUUUUGGGCUUCACCUUCAUCCCUGCUGUGGUGCAGUGCAUCCUGCUGCCCCUCUGCCCCGAGAGCCCCCGCUUCCUGCUCAUCAACAGGAACGAAGAGAACAAGGCCAAGAACGUGUUGAAGAAGCUCAGAGGCACCACAGAUGUCAGCUCUGACAUGCAGGAGAUGAAGGAGGAGAGCAGGCAGAUGAUGAGAGAGAAGAAGGUGACCAUCCCAGAGCUCUUCCGCUCGCCCCUCUACCGCCAGCCCCUCCUGAUUGCUGUCAUCCUGCAGCUCUCCCAGCAGCUGUCUGGCAUCAAUGCUGUGUUUUACUACUCCACUCGUAUCUUUGAGAAAGCUGGAGUGGAGCAGCCUGUCUAUGCAACCAUUGGAGCCGGUGUGGUUAACACAGCUUUCACUGUGGUGUCGCUGUUUGUCGUAGAGCGUGCCGGACGUCGGUCUCUGCACCUGCUGGGGCUGCUGGGAAUGGCCGGAUCUGCCGUCUUAAUGACUAUCGCUCUGGCUCUGCUGGACAAGCUCAAAUGGAUGUCAUAUUUGAGCAUCGUAGCCAUUUUCUCCUUUGUCGCAUUCUUUGAGAUCGGACCGGGUCCCAUCCCCUGGUUCAUCGUGGCAGAGCUGUUCUCGCAGGGACCCAGGCCGUCAGCCUUUGCUGUGUCUGGCUUCUCCAACUGGACUGCAAACUUCAUAGUGGGAAUGUGCUUCCAGUAUGUAGAGGAGCUGUGCGGCCCCUACGUGUUCAUCAUCUUCACCGUGCUGCUGCUCGUGUUCUUUGUCUUCACCUACUUCAAAGUGCCGGAGACCAGGGGCCGGACAUUCGACGAGAUCGCGUCCGGCUUCCGCCAGACGGCCGCCACCGGAGGAGAAAAGCACUCGCCGGAGGAGCUGAACAGCCUGGGAGCGGAUUCUCAGCUCUGAGUGACUGCUUUUUUUUUUAACUCUUAACAAACUCUUUCUCACACCCAGGAGGGACGAGAAGGGUCUACUAACUAGAAGUAGACGCGUCCAUUGGUAGAAUAAUUUUCACACUGUCACCACAUUUCGGGCGUCAUUACCAAACACAGAGCAGCCCUGUGUGACCCUCCAACAUGACGGCCUCUGCUGCCCCUCACAUGUCACACAAAGAAACAAAAAAAAAAACUCAAUGGGCACUAUGUCGCCUGAUUUGGAGAGGGGAGUUUGGGAUGGGGAAGGUUUUAAAUAUUUGAAAAAUAUUUCAAAGAAGGAAAAGAAGUAUCUGCAUCAAUCAACCAACCUUUCUUUUUUUAUCUUUCUUUUUUCACUGAGUAUAUAACUGAUGUGUGCUAAUGCUCUGUUCUUUGUAGCCUGUUACCAUACAGUCAGUUUGUUAUUAUCAGGUCUAAGAGUGCUGCAGCUGUAGAGAUCAGUUCACUGUGCAACAACAAACUUGUUUAUAUCAGCCAUACUGUAAUAACACUGUAGACUCGAGCACUGUAGAUGCUGUACAGCUCUGCCCACCAGAUGGCGCUCUGCUCCCAAAAAAGCUCCUAAUGCUCCACUGAUACGUUAUUUGUUACUGAGUACACAAACUGUGAUAUGUUGGUGUAUUGCUGUACGAAUUAAAAUUUUCUCAAUGGAAUUUAUUACACUAAAGGUAACACUCAACAUAUUAUACAUUUUUGUUACUUAUUUACUCCUGUUGGAUAAUAUUUUUAUUGUUAGACAAAAUAUUUUUCUUUGUGAAAAUGUAUUUUUUUAUAUAUAUAUAUAUAUAUAUAUAUAUAUACAUAUAUAAAGACAAAUUGUCAUGAAGACAACACAGUGAUAUAUCAAGAAAUUCAUCCUCCAUUCGUGUAUUUUUACACCAUUCCUCUUCAGAAUUACAUUUGAUGAAAUUAAUAUUGACUUGGCUCCGUGCCAGAGGAGCAGCGUCUGCACAGAUCAGCACCGGAGCGCUGACAGUGAAGUACAAUAAAUAAAUCAUCCCUCCAUUUUAACCGUGACAUGAGAUAACUACGCACUCACAAUCAUCAGCCGCGAAACCAAAACUCCACUAACCACACAAAAAGCAGAACAUUUGUGAGUUUUAAGUGCCCGUCUAAAACAAUCAAGCCUUCAGCCUUAUCACUUCGGCGCAGUUUCAGGUCAGGUCGGGUUGAUACAGACUUAGAGCGUGUGUCAGCGGACGAUCUUCACUUUAAGUAUUCUUAAGAGCUACCUGUAGAGCUUCUGAAGUCUGGUGAAUUGGAUUCAGAGCUGUCUGGAUGUUUUCACAGCCAGGGGAGCUGCCGUGCUGCACGCUGUUCCCCCCUUGUGACAGCCACGAAGCAUCGUCAGAGAAAUGAAAGAAAUAAUGGGGACCAAAAUGAAUGUCGGCCUUUUGGAAGGUUCUAUCCUGACAGUGCUUGUCACCCAUCUCGGGUCAAACUCCCAGUGUUCCUUGCACCCCGUAUAGCCCAUUAUGCCUCCUAGGAGGUGGACACACAUCGGUGCAAGGCUGUUUUCUCUGUCUUGUGCACUAUAUUCUGCAGUAUUGUUAGCUCUCUCUCUCUCUGCGAGUCGUGUACUGCACUGUAUUCAGUAGCUGGUGGAAAGAAACGAUGUAGUCUGGCUCACUUUGCCACGCUGUUCAAGCCGCUGUCUAUGACUGCUGUAUCACUUGUUGAACCUUUCUUUUCUUUAAAUGCAUUGUUUUAAGGAAAGUUAUCUUUUUAGCAGCACUUUAUUAUGCACAGUGAUGUUUCUUUGUUACUGAAACAAACGCUUUGAGGUCGUUUUCUGUUUUUUACCCACAGUGUGGAAUCUUUGUUACUGAGGAGAGACUGAAGUACUGCUGAUGUUUUUUGAAAUGGAAAUGUGUGAUAUAGUUUCAUUUGUUCAUAUCUAUUACGGUCUUGUACAGAGCACAUUUAGGUGUGUGCACACAGAGGCCAGUUGUGAGUAAACAUCGUCAUAGUCAUAGUCUAAUGAUGACUCUGAUCCAAAUCCAACCCUGUAGUCAAAAAUCCAUUUGAAUCAUUCCAAAAUUGUUAAUUAUUGUAUAUUGUAGAUCUUUAUAGUAUAUCUUUUGUCAUUCGAUGGGUCGUUUCGCCCGUCCUGGAAAGCACUAUAGCAUCCACUGUGUGCCUUUGUGUGAUUUUCACAUAUCAUCACCAGCAUGAAUCAUGUAACGGCACCAAAAGAUGUACUUCUCCCCACCCAGACUGACGUCUAUCGCAAAUAUCAAAACUGUAUUUUAUGUACAUAGAUUCACAACUCUGCGUGGGCAUUUUGAUUUUUGAUGUAGCCUUUGAAAUCUCCUGGUCGGUGGUCUAAAACACGCAACAUGAUGUAAAUAUGAAACACACUACAGCCUUACCCACUCCAAAUUUAUAAAAUAUUUAACUUAUUAGAAACUUAUUUUGAUAGAUAAAUUAAUGAUUAGAACUGUAGGGCUGUAUGUCUGUGCAUUUAGCUUCCAUACUUCUGUUCUCUUUUUGAUUUUUUUACCUGAAGAAAUGUCGAGGCCUAAUAAUAUCAUAAUAAUUUUAAUUCAGAUUUGACAUGUAAGGAUUGUGUUAAUGAGAUGCAUUCAGUAGUGUUUUCAUUUUAGUGCACAAAGCUUAUUCUAAUGUUUGUAAUAAUAAAAGAUCUGUGUGUCUGGUUUUUGGAACGUCAGCUUCUGUCAGGGGAAUACGAAUUGUGAUGGAUGAUGUCCUGAAUGGUUCUUGUGUAAGUGGUUUAAUGGCUCAAUAAAAGAAAACAUGCAUACAGAUAC